ACUUCCGCCUCCAGCCGGAAGUGCCUUCCCGGCAAAGGGUUUCUGGGCAUUCUGGACCGUAACCCUCGCUUGCAAUGGCUGCGUCUUUGGUUGGGAAGAAGAUAGUGUUCGUGACGGGAAACGCAAAGAAGCUGGAGGAGGUCAUUCAGAUUCUAGGAGAUAAGUUUCCAUGCACUUUGGUGGCUCAGAAAAUUGACCUGCCUGAGUACCAGGGAGAACCGGAUGAGAUUUCCAUACAGAAGUGUCAGGAGGCAGCUCGUCAGGUACAGGGCCCUGUACUGGUGGAGGACACCUGUCUGUGCUUUAAUGCACUUGGGGGACUGCCUGGCCCCUACAUAAAAUGGUUCCUGCAGAAGUUGAAGCCUGAAGGUCUCUACCAGCUCCUGGCCGGCUUUGAAGACAAAUCAGCCUAUGCACUCUGCACAUUUGCUCUCAGCACUGGGGACCCAAGCCAGCCAGUGCUCCUGUUCAGAGGCAAGACCUCGGGACAGAUUGUGAUGCCACGAGGCAGCCGGGACUUUGGCUGGGAUCCCUGCUUUCAGCCUGAUGGAUAUGAGCAAACGUAUGCAGAGAUGCCAAAGUCUGAGAAGAAUACCAUUUCUCAUCGGUUCCGGGCCCUGCACAAGCUGCAAGAGUACUUUGGUGUGACUGCUGGGGCUGGCGACCACUAGGACCAUGGGUAGGGGGUAGUGUGGACCUCCCCAGGAGGCAAGAACUCCUUCGAGGCUUUCUCUGGGUUUCCCUCUGCCAGGGGAUCCAGGCAGCUUCAGCAGCCAGUUCUUGGAAGAGCAAUUGGCACUGUGUAGGGAAACUCUGGGCCAGUUGAUACUAAACUCUUGCCCCUUGGGAUUCAAGAGUUGCCUUUGGUCAGACAUGGCAGUGCACACUUUUAAUCCCAGAAUUUGGGAAGCAGAGGCAAACAGAUCUUUGUGAGUUCAGGGCCAGCCUGGUUUACGUAUUGAAUUCCUAAACAGCCAGAACUACAUAGUGAGACACUGUCUCAAAAACAAAACAAAGAAACCAAAACAACAACAAAAAGUUGUUCUUGCAGCCUCUGGCUCUGAGAUCUUGAGAAAAUUUUGGUUGUUUGAACUUAUCUGGCUGAGGAUUUGACAAAGAAACACAUGACUUUUGAUUUUAGAAUGUAGCAAAUGUAAAUUCUGGAAGACAUUUGUUUCCAAAAUAAAUGGUAUGUCUGUUUUGAG